AUGAGUCUUUUGAGUCGACAAUCCUCGCAUUCCGAUGAGGAUCUCAAGGAUGCGGUCGAGCAUGUCGAGACAUCACCCUUUGACGAACUCGACACUAUCGAGACGACCCGGUGCAGCAAGUAUGCCUGGCUUGUCUCACUCACUGCCGCUGUCGGCGGCUUCCUCUUCGGAUAUGACACAGGUAUUAUCUCGGCCAUCCUGGUAUAUCUGGGAGAUGAUCUAGGAAAGACGCUGAAUGGCAGCGAAAAGGAGCUCGUCACCUCCAUCACCUCGGGCGGUGCCUUUAUCGGCGCAGUGGUAGCUGGCCUAUGUGCUGAUCGCUACGGACGAAAGAUGGGAAUCUACACCGGAUGCAUUCUAUUCAUCGUUGGCGCCAUCAUCCAAGCAGCUUCAUACUCCAUCGCCCAGAUGACAGUGGGCCGAGCCGUCGUGGGACUGGGCGUUGGGUCCGCCGCCAUGAUUGUUCCGCUCUACAUAGCCGAAGUAGCACCAGCCAAAUACCGCGGCCGAAUGAUCAGUCUCGACAACCUCUCCAUCACAACCGGACAGCUCGUCAGCUACGGCAUCGGCGCCGCCUUCGCCAGCGUUUUCGAAGGAUGGCGCUACAUGGCCGGUAUAGGGGUAGUCCCCGCCAUAGUCCUCUGCUGCCUUCUACCCUUCUGCCCCGAGUCCCCGCGCCAACUAAUCUACCACCACAAACGCGACGAAGCGGCCAAAGUAAUCGCCAAGAUCUUCCCUGACGGCACACAGCUCCAAGUCCAGCAGAAAGUGCAGCACAUCUCGAUCCACGUCGAGACGCACCGCAACGCAGACAAAACGCUCUGGUGGCAGAUCAAGCAGCUCUAUGUCGUGCCCUCGAAUUUCCGCGUCAUGUUCGCUGCUUGUGGUCUGAUGGCUGUUUCGCAAUUAGGUGGAUUCAAUUCCAUUCUCUAUUAUUCAGGCACGAUAUUCGCGGCUGUUGGAUUCGACAAGCCCAUCGCCGUGGGGACGAUCAUCGCUGCCACAAAUUGGGUCUUUACAUGGAUCAAUUUACUCCUUGUUGACCGCGUCGGCCGACGACAGAUCCUCAUGAACUCAUUAUGGGUGAUGGCCGCCGCAAUGGCAUGCGCGGCAAUCUGCUUCCACUGGGUCCCCAUAAGCCCGGAACUCGAAAUCACCAGCACCCAAACCGGCUGGGCCGCAGACGUUGUCUUGGUGUGCAUGGUAGUUUUCGUGGCAUUCUACUCCAUCGGCGCUGGAAACAUCGCAUGGAUGUCAUCAGAAUUCUACCCCAUCGAAGUCCGCGCCGUGGGAACCAUGCUCCUAACCAUGAGCUGCUGGGGGUCCAACGUCAUCGUAUCCUCGACCUUCCUAACUCAAAUGGAAAAUAUCACGCCCUCGGGCGCAUUCGGCUUCUACGCAGCCAUCUCAUUCUUCGGCUGGAUUGGCAUUUACUUCUGCUACCCAGAAGUCAAGGGGAUGACGCUGGAGGAUAUCCGCGAGGUCUUUCAGCAUGGCUUUGGAGUUAGCUUCGCGCGGGAAAAGCAGAAGGAACUAAAGCGCGUCGCGCAGAAUCGGAACCCCCACACCGGCGAGGACAAUUCCGAGCAAGCUUGA